AUGGCGUAUACGGAUGAUGCCGUCAAGGCGAAACUCUCUGCCCUCAACGAGACUCAGGAGGGUAUCGUCACCGUCGCGCAAUGGGUCAUGUUCCACAGGCGUCAUGCGGAUCGCACUGCACAGCUUUGGCUCCAAAAGCUGCGGGAAUCACCAGCGGGGAAGCGACUCAACCUGAUAUACCUGGCAAAUGAGGUCGCUCAGCAGUCCAAAGUGCGACGGAAAGAGGAUUUCCUAAUUGCAUUCUCUCCUAUAAUCGCCGAAGCUACGGCAAUUGCGUAUAAAGGAGCUUCGAAUGAUAUUCAGCAAAAGCUGCGGCGUGUUGUGGAGGUUUGGCGACAACGAAAUAUCUUUGAACUGCCCAUUCAGGAAGCUGUGGAAGCUCGCGUCGAUGAACUCGACAAGUCUCGGUCCUCGGGCAAGAAACCAUUGCUUGGUGGUUCCCUCUUUUCGAGCUCGUCCGGUUCAAUCCCUCCAGAACUGCAGCCUCUUGCACCUUUACAGGUUGCUCUUUCGAAGGCCACGAUGUCUUCUGGUGCGUCGGUCACAGCGGCAAACACCGAGUAUGACAAGAUGCACGACCCCAAUACGCCGCUACCCACCCCCCCAGUACAUGCCGCGCGCCUGAGCCAGCUUCUGAAAUCUCUCGCCAAUGCUGAAAGCUCGGUUUCGGAAAUCAUUAAGUCGCGGCAGUCGUUGAUUAACGGGCUCGAGAAGCUCCUCGAUACCAACCGUUCGGCGCUUGCGAAGGAGCAAUCUGUUAUGGCACAACUCUCUGAGAGGAAGGCAGAGACGGAAACUAAGAAGCGUGAGGUCGAGGAUGGAAUCAUGCGAGGUCUGUCGGCCGAUAGUUCCCCAGUUGCGCAGAAUGGAGAUGCUUCUGUAGGGGAAAGUGAACCUCCUCGCCCGGAAAUCGAGGCACUCACACCUCCACCUGUCGAGGCUCUGACUCCCGUGGGCUCUCCGAAACCUGAGGCUCAUGAUCAGUUCGAGAAUCAGCCCUUCAUGAGUCUAGGAAAUGAGUCCCAGGGGUCCGACGAUGGAUCCUCGACGCUGCCACCAAGCUUUGUCCCUUCUAACCCGCAGUCCGGCAGUCCCUCUAACGGUGUCAGCUCAAAGAAGCGGAAGGUGACCCAUGGAGAAGAUGACUAUGCCGCAUUCGCCGGUGGAGACUUGGACGCAGACGUUGCCGAGCUCCUGCGGCAAGAGAGCAAUCCUUGA